CCGCGAGACGCGCGCCGGCGAUUUCCCGGGAAAAGUUCGGAGUCAAGCACCUUGGAGGGCUCGCGCGCAGCAGGAGACCGAGAGCAUGAAAAGCAGGGGCAGCCGCCCUUCCUCCUCCCCCUCCUCUUCCUCUUCCUCCCCCUCCUCUCCUUCCAGGCUCAUUGAUGUGAGCAAUAAUGCCCCGCUGCUGCUGCCGCCCCCCUCCACCACUGUAGCGGCGCCAAAAGCAGAGCGUGUUCACAACUAUUCUCUCUUGGAUGUUCCUGUCACUCGAGAACAACUCAGCCACUAUCGUAAUGCAGCAGAAACAGCUCGCAGCGAACUUGCUGCGCUCCUAGUGAAGUAUGAAUGUGCCCAGGCAGAGCUUUUAAAUCUCAAAUCCAAAUUAAUAUCUAAAGAAGUAUAUAUUGAAGAAAUGAAGGCUGAAAUUGGAAGCUACAAGGAGAAUGAUGCAAGGCAAUCUUCUCUACUCAUCUCUGUUCAAAGUAGACUUCAAGAGAUUGAGAAGGAAUCUGGUGCAUUUACCAUUUUGAAAAAACAAGCGGACAAGAAAGCACAGGCCAUUCACCAGGAGAAUUUGGAACUGAAGGGGAGAAUCAGUGAACUAGAAGCUGAAAUCAGAAAAUGUUUAAAUGAGUCUGAAGAGAUCAAGAUCGUAGCCUGUAAGACCAGCAGGGAACAUCAUGAAUUCACUGCACAUCUUUGUAAUCUCUUUGAUAUGGGCAUAAGAGGAGAAGAAGAGCCACAGGAACUUCUGCUUGUGAAGGUGGGUGACAUGUGUAAAGAAAAUGCAGUGCUGAAAGGACAAAUUGCUACACUUAAGGAAACCAUCAAUAUUCAUGAGGUGGAAUCAAAAGCGAAUAGAGAAACCAUCACACGGCUUGUCUCAGAACUGAGCAAAGAGCAGAAGAAAUCAGCAGCUUGCUCUCAGGAUGUGGAAAAGCUAAGUGAUGAUUUAAACAUCAGCACAAAAGCUAAGCAGAGUCUGGAGAAGGAGAUGAGGAACUUCCAAGACAGACUUAAUGCUGUUCAAAGAGCUUGGGAGGCCUCACAGGAAGAACUUAGCCUCAUGAAGAAAUGCUGCAGUGAAAAAGAGGAGGCAUUGAAAAGUACCAUAAGGGAGGCUGGGGCUGCAAAAAGUCUGCACAAUGCAUUCAGAGGGCAGAUUCUUGCCCUGCUUGGGAUCAGUUCCAUUGCAGCCAAUCUAUCUACAGAGGACAUUGUGGAAAAAGUUCAAGAAAUGUGCAACAAGAAGGAAAGCAGAAAUACGAUGGUAUUCCAGCUGGAAACCCAAAUAGCUGAACUUGCCAAGACACUGGAGACUCAGAAUACGUGUUACCAGGAGGCUUUGCAAAGGACCAGAAAAACUGAAAGCAGUUCUGAGACACUGCACAAUCAAUUGAUGCGUCUGGAAGCCGAGCUGGUAUCUGGGGACGUGAUACGAGAUGCCCUGAAGCUUGAGAAACAAAAAUAUCUUAAGUUUCUGGAUCAACUUUCUGAAAAAAUGAAUCUUGACAAAAUGGCAGUUGAUAUUGGAUUUGACAUGAGAUUGGAUGCAGUAUUGGCACGUGUGGAACAAUUAAUCAAACUGGAAGGAGACACGUUGAUAGAAAAUAAGAUCAUAGUGUGGAAUCUGCAAAGGAAGCUGAAAACUCAGAAAGAGCAAUUGUACAACAAAGAGCUACAACUGAAACUUUUGCGUCAGAAGAUAGUUCAGUUAGAAGAGGAGAAGCAAGUGCGCACAGCUCUGGCAGUGGAAAGAGACGAAGCUAACCUUACAGUCAGAAAGUUGCAAAAAAAGCUGGAAAGGUUGCAGAAUGAACUUGCUUUGGCAAGAGAAACAAACACAGAGCUUAAGGUUAAGCUCGCUGACACCAGUGAAUUGAAGAUCAAAAUGCUGGAACAGGACAAAACCAUAGAAGAUCUAAGCAAGUCCCAGGAGAACCUGGAAAAAUUGAAGGCUAAAGCUGAGAGACAUCUGACCUCUGUCAAGGCUGAGUUAUAUGUUGUAGAGCGAGAUGCAAAGGAAGAUAAAGAAAAGGCCAAAAGCAUGCUGGAAUCUGUUAGAAAUGAACUCACAACACUCAAGUCUGCUUUAGAAGAAGUAACGAAAAGAAAGGAACAGCUAUCAGACUUCAGAGAAGUAGUCUCCCACAUGCUGGGCCUUAAUAUUGCCACGGUUACUCUUCCUGACUAUGAAAUAAUUACUCGCCUGGAGGAGUUGAUCCAUUCUCAUCGGCAUCAUCUUGUUCCUUGUGUCUGCUUUAAAGAUGAACCGGUGCAGCUUCUUCAUUGAAAGAAGGCAGUGGAAUUUCCUUUGCUACUUGACUUUUUCACUUUGCUAAUGCAAAUGUUCUGGAACAUGACUCUACAGCAUUAAAACACGGUUACAAACAAAACCCUUUGCUUCCAAGCCUUUUAAUAGUGUCAAUACUAAUUUGCACACUGUGAACUUGAAGUAUUCCAGAAUGUAUCAAACAAUAUUUUCAUUAGAGCUGAAAAAUGUUUGCAUUCAGCCUCAAAAACUGAAAUAACACUACAACCAUUAUGAUCUAAAAAUGAGAGUUCAACUUAUCAACGUGGCCUGAGCUCAACAUUGAGUAUUUUUACCUCUCACUCAGCAGUUUAUUUAUUUUGAAAUUGAGGGUGGCAUCAAGGGACAGGAGGGAAUGGGAAAGCCCCCCUUCAUCGUCCUAUUCCCCAAGGAUAGUUGCUUUGUGAAACAAAAGAUAAGAUUUAUGCACAAGUCAUCAACACAAUUCAACAUGUUUGCAGCAAGGCAUCAACUUUCUUUCUUCCAAAAACUUCUUAAAGCUUUAGUAUGGCGGUUCCCCAGUUAUGUUCUUUCAACCUCUUCAAGUAAAAAUGUUACAUUACAAUUUUUACAGUAUUCACUUUUCUUAUGGAAGCGAACUAGCACUCUUUGUUCAUCUAACCAAAGCAAAUAAAAACAAGUCUAACAUGAAAAAAGUUCAGAGGGGAUGUUGAGCUAUGCACUCUAAUUUGUCUCCAAAUUGAAGCAAAACCUUAUGAUCUCCUUAAUUUGGGGCUGAGCAUAAUACUGUGGCAGAAAUGUCCACAUGGCAACUCAAUAUCGUUUAAACUUUCUUUGUAUUUUCCACAUGUCAGUUUUUAUCAAGCUUCAUUAAUACAUUCCACAAACAUUUAGAUUGUAUAUU